AUGGACGACUUCGAGCUCAACAUCGCUGCCCCCAGCGACGGGGGUGUGCUGAAGCGCCAGCUUGCUCCGAAAAAGGGCGGGAGAGUGAAGCAGAAGCAGGCUGUCCGACGAGCGGUCAAGAAGUUCGACUCCGAGCCCAACUACGGAGCAAGUCCGAAGUCGAAUGCUAAGGCGACACCCCCAGCUCCUAAACCUGCUCCUGUGUCACGACCAGCUUCCCGACCGGAGCCCGCCCGGCAAGCUCCCGCCCCGAAGCCGGUCGCACGACCGGCAGCCCGCCCUGCAGCUUCCCAGGCGCCGAUCCCGCAACCGCCACAGAAGGUCAGGCUCCCGAAGGCUCCGAUCUUCGACAACGACUCUGACUCUGAUUCUGGGUCGGACUCCGACUAUGAGACCAGGGCCGGACCCUCUCGACUGCCGAUGACGACUGCCGCCCCGGCAGUGCCCGCCAAGCCUGCUGCGCCUCAGAUCGUCUCCGGACUGUUCACUGCCUACCAGCGUCUUCCCAAGGUCAAGUCUGAGCAUGUCGAGGUCGGCGCUCCCACCAACGCUCCGGUGGACACCUCGUCGUUCGCCAGCCUCGGCCUGCAUAAGUUCAUCAACCGUCACCUGAAGAACAAGCUCGAGAUCAAGGCGCCGACCGGUAUCCAGCAGGCGUGCCUGCCCUACAUGCUUUCGUACCCGCUGGACCCGCACGCGCGAAGAGACGAUGACGAGGAGGAGGGUGACGACUCGGCCUUCCAGGUCUCCGACGACGCUCCGCGGGAUGUCCUCAUCCAGGCCCAGACCGGAUCCGGAAAGACGCUCGCCUACCUGCUGCCCAUCGUUCAGGCUCUGCUCCCGCUUUCCAAGCUCAGUUACAUCGACCGAUCGAUUGGUACUCUUGCUAUCAUUAUGGCACCGACCCGAGAACUCGCCCAGCAGAUCAGCAAGGUUCUCGAGAGCCUGCUGACCAUGUCCCUGGCAGCUGACGACGACGACUCUGAGGACGAGCACUACACGCGAUGGCUCGUUUCUGGCCUGCUCGUCGGUGGUUCGACCAGGACGCACGAGAAGGCGAAGCUUCGCAAGGGUGUUCCGAUCCUCGUCUCGACGCCCGGCCGUCUGCUUGACCAUCUGCAGAACACUGCCUCGUUCCAGUGUGGAAAGUGCAUGUUCCUCAUUCUCGACGAGGCGGACCGACUGAUGGACCUCGGUUUCGAGGAGACGAUCACGGGCAUCAUCAAGGCGCUCGAUGGACGACGGAGAAACGAGAUCAACGCCGAGAAGGAGCAGGACGCGGAGGGUGGUGGUCUUAUGCGCUGGCCGUACUGGAAUCGGGGAAGGCAGACUGUGCUCUGUUCCGCCACCGUCGACGCCAAGGUCGAGAAGCUCGCUGGUAUCGCUCUCCGAGACCCUGUGCUCUUCAAGGCUGCCGACAAGGAGAAGGAGGAGGCGCGCGCCAAGAAGGCCGAGGCUGAGAAGAAUCAGAUCGCCGAUGCCGUUGCCGAGGCGAACGCGAUCGUGAUUCCUCAGGACGAGAAGUUCACCCCGCCCUCGCAGCUGUCGCAGAAGUACGUCGUGACGCCGACGAAGCUCCGCCUUGUCGCCCUUGUCGCCCUACUCCGUUCACUUGUCUCCGACAAGGCGAACAUCGAGAUGGCUGAGAACGGAAACAAGGUCAUCGUGUUCCUCAGCUCGACAGACGCUGUUGACUACCACUUCCGCCUCCUCGGCGGCGUCACCAUGGGUGGCCCCGCUCCGGCGAAGGAGGACGAGGACGAGGAGAGCUCUGACGCCGAGGGUGAGGGUUCGGACUCUGAGGACAGCGAUGGCGAGGCGAAGCCGAAGAAGGAAAAGAAGAAGAAGGCCGCCAAGAAGCCGUCGCAGGCUGACGCCAUCACUCUGGAGUCGCCUCUCUUCCCGAAGACGACGAUCCAGCGUCUUCAUGGUUCUUUGCCGCUGAAGACUCGUCUUGCAAGCCUGAAGGCCUUCGCCGAGCCGUCCCCCAACCCCUCCAUCCUUCUCGCCACCUCUGUCGCCUCGCGUGGUCUCGACCUGCCCCUCGUCCGUGCUGUCGUGCAGUACGACCUGCCUACCGAAGGCGGCGCGGCCGAGUACGUGCACCGUGUCGGUCGUACGGCUCGUGCCGGUAAGGGAGGAGAGGCAUGGGCCUUCGUCGCGCCCAGCGAGGCCGAGUGGGUCCCCUGGGUCGAGGGCAAGAUGGGCCGCGCCGAGGGCACGGACACGAGCAAGGUGAAGCUCACCCAGGUCGGCGUUGAGGUGGUGCUGAGGCGCGGUUUCGGCGGAAAGGGCUACGAGUACGAGCAGCGUGCGACCGACGUUCAGCUCGCAUUCGAGCGCUGGGUGCUCGAAGACCCGAACAACGCCGCCCUCGCGCGCAAGGCGUUCGCCUCCUUCGUCCGUGCCUACUCCACGCACCCUAUCGAGGAGAAGCGCUUCUUCCACGUCAAGUCCAUCCAUCUGGGACACCUCGCCAAGGCGUUUGCGCUCCGCGAGGCGCCUACUGCCGCUACUGCCGCCGCCGCGCCCAAGAAGCAGAAGGAGCGCAAGGACAAGCUUUCCAACAAGCGCAAGCGCGAGGAGGGUGAGGAGGACGAGCCCCGCAAGGGCGGCAAGGAGACGACGGCGAGGAACGAGACCGAGCGCCGCAUGUACGAGGCUGUCAGGAAGCAGGGAAGGCAGUUCAAGUCUGGUGGCGCGCUCGGCGCGUUCUCGGACAACAGCACUGGCGAGUUCCACGUUAUGGACACGAGCGCGCUCGAGAAGAUGGUCAAUCGCAAGUAA